UAUCUCUGCUGUCGUGCUCGUUGUAGGUAGUCGCACUGGUCGUGCAAACAAUGCGAACAUCGGUGCUCGCAUAUAAAUUGGGACGCAUGCAGCAGAAUGUCCGAUAAUUUGAAUUUGUCAUUCGCGCUCAGAAUACAGAAAAGUCUAAACGCAGCGGUACAACGUGGCGUAUGCGGCAUGCACGAGAAAGAAAAUUGUUGAAGCAAAAGUAAACAAGUAAAAAUACAUACAUACAACGGUGUUUGGUGCAUAGUGUCGAAAAAUAAAAAAUUGGCGAACAGAAGUAAACACAAAACUAUAUAGAAAAAUUUGAAUCAAAAAGCAAAAUAGGGAAAGCAUUAAACGCCAAGCGGAAGAAAGUUAUGCAAAAAAAAGAGCAGAACGCGCAAACACAUUAGUGAACAAAGAACUGUUUGUAAAGUUUACAAACUCGCUUAAAGUAAAUAUUCUUUUCAUGCACACACAUAGUUGAAAGCAGAGUGAUUUUUUUUUUGUGUGCAAACUCACCACUAAAAGGAUUAAAUACAUACAAGCACUCGGACAUACAUUUGGAGCCACCAGCGAAAUUCAAAAGCGCAAAACACACAUAAUAAAUCAUAAAUAACUGCAAAUAUUUAGCGGGGAAAUGUUGCCGAAAGUAUUCCACAGUUUUGCCAUUGUUGCAUUGCUGCUUUUUACCCUAAUGACAGCCAGCCAGUGUGGCCCACUGCCAAAAGUGGACGAGCAACAACUUUCGAAAAUUCCGCAAUGGCAUUGUUUGCGAUACUUUAAACACGAUUUGUUGAUGAUGCGUCGUUGCCGACAUUUGCAUGUGCCAACGGCGCCACGCUCGGGCAAUGUCAAAUGAGUGCCGGUGCUGGGGAGACCCUGGCCUCCACCACCUUGGAUUGGUUUCGUUGCGAACUGAUUAACUGAAUGAAUUGAAUGAAGAGGCAAUGGGGG